UUUAGUCGACAGGCAACCAGUUACUACUUUUAGUCUCUCUCGGUCUCUCUUUCAGCCCGCCUGCAGCUCAGCCAUCAUCCAGUUCCUUCACUAGCUGGCCACUUUAUCAGGAGCCACUCCCGCCAUCUUCCGUCGGACUCUUCCUCUUUCGUCCUUCAUCGUCUCGUCUCACCUGACCGUUGCCAAUUCCGGUGUUAAAACUAUAGGCACCUCCUUUUCCUCGCAACCUUCCCUCUUCUCUCCCCUGAGGUUUUUUACGCCGUACCGAGUCUCAUCCGAUCAGAUCCCAAUCAGCGCCAUGGCGUUCACUACUCGCCUGUUUCAUCUACUUCUCUUAUCUCUGAUCGCCUCGUCUGCAAUCGCAGCGCCAACUGCUGAUCAGUCCGAAUCUCAAUCCCACUCGGUCGCCAGCGACACCACUUUCAGCCAGUAUCUCAACAGCUUCGAGGAGAACCCCAUUCACAAAGCGCUGCAUCUGUUUGACAAGUUUCGCCAUGGCGUGUUUCGUACCGAUGAUGAGGCCGUGCAAGCCUACGAGAAGGAACCUGCGCUUGCGGAACAUCUCAACCUCGUCAAGAGACAAGUGAGCAAUGCGACCACUGCUGCAGAGACCAGCCAGGCCACGGAACCUGCAUCGACUACAGCAGCUGCCGCCACUACCAGUCAGGCCGAGAGCUCUGCCAGCAGCGCCGAGGCGACUACAUCUGCUGCAACCACUGCUGCUCCGACCACUGCCGCCCCCACGACCGCGCAUACGACCGCCGUGCAGACCACAUCGAGCUCUAGCAGCCGUGAAUCCAGCUCUAGCAGCAGUGAGUCUAGCUCUAGUAGCAGUGAGUCUAGCUCUCCGUCCACGUCCUCUCCUGCCACCACCUCCACCACCUCCUCCACCUCGUCGACGUCCUCCACGUCAACGGUGUCGUCUUCGUCCUCCUCGUCCUCGUCCUCGUCUUCCACCUCCAGUGUUCCUUCUGCCUCAUCUACUUCUUCUACUUCCUCCACUUCAUCUUCGUCUACGUCCUCAUCUCACACGACGACAGCUUCUUCCACGACCUCGACUGUGUCGACAACCACCACAUCUUCGAGCUCCUCUUCCACCUCGUCUACGUCUACAUCUUCGUCGACCUCGCAGACGACGACCAGGCAGACUACUACCUCGACAGAGCAAACCACCAGCAGCUCUACGACCAGCGAGGCGACCACACCCUACACAUCCACCUACAAGACCACCACCACUCUGCCCAACGGUCAGCUGAGCACUGUGACUGCCGUGACGGUCGUGCACCCCACCGAAACCUCCCGGGAGGUGGCUACCGGCACCAAGGCAUCUCCGGGACUGCAAACCGAUUCUGCUGCAUCCAACAACGGACUCGGACGGGAGCUGUUCCUGAUGAUGGGCGGAGCCGCCAUGGUGGCCAUGGCUCUGUAGGCCCAACUGCAAUAUUUUAUCGCGUGCAU